GAUGUGACGUCAGUGCGCCGUCUGCAUCCGGUUGCUGGGCAGCGAUGGCGGCUACUCUGGAGUCCUCGGGGGAGGACCCCCUGCGGAGCUUCGUACGCGUUUUGGAGAAGCGAGAUGGCACAAUGUUACGUCUGCAGCAGUAUGGCUCCGGCGGCGUGGGUUGUGUUGUUUGGGACGCUGCCAUUGUCCUUUCUAAAUACCUGGAAACACCUGGGUUUUCCGGUGAUGGGGCCCAUGCACUGAGCCGGCGGUCGGUGCUCGAGCUUGGUUCUGGUACCGGGGCCGUGGGACUCAUGGCCGCUACCCUCGGGGCAGACGUUGUAGUCACGGAUCUUGAGGAAUUGCAAGACUUAUUGAAGAUGAAUAUUAACAUGAACAAACAUCUUGUGACCGGUUCUAUUCAAGCCAAGGUACUGAAAUGGGGAGAAGAAAUAGAAGAUUUUCCUUCUCCUCCAGACUACAUCCUGAUGGCUGACUGCAUAUACUACGAAGAGUCUUUGGAGCCGUUGCUGAAAACCCUAAAAGAGCUCAGUGGAUCUGAGACUUGUAUUAUAUGUUGCUAUGAACAGCGAACAAUGGGGAAAAAUCCAGAAAUUGAGAAAAAAUAUUUUGAGCUCCUUCAACUAGACUUUGACUUUGAAAAAAUUCCUUUGGAAAAACAUGAUGAAGAAUAUCAAAGUGAAGAUAUUCAUAUUUUAUACAUCAGAAAGAAAAAAUCGAAAUUUCCAUCAUGAAAUUUCCAUCAUUGAGCUACCUUACCCAAUCCUCUAACAACCUGGGUAAGCAAAAGAUGUGAAUGGAGCAUGUUAAUUCAGCAUGGGAAGAUUGUGUUCACAGAUUUUUCCAGCAUGUCCCUAGAGAUCCAGUAUAUACAUGACAACCACCAUGGGCUGUCUGCAGUAUGAAAAAUGACUGACUCUACCAGUGGACCUGAAGUCCAACUUAGUUUACUUAGCUCAGCAUCAGGUUCUUCUUAAAAGAAACUUCUGUCACUCCUCAAAUACAGAUAUAAAUUAAACAGUGACACAGCAUGUUUGACUGGAGUAUUUUCAGGAAACUAGAGAUAAAUUGAUCCAAUUUAUAAAGAGAGAUACUCUGUAUUGUAUAAACCAGUAAAUGUUAGUUUGUUUUCAAUAUAGAUAAAUUUGAAAGAAAGUUUUCAUUUUAACAUAGUUAUGCAGUAAUUUUUUUACCAUGCGGAUCUUCAUUGCAUUGAUUCCAUAAUUAAAUAUUCUUUUUUUUUUCAUAAUUAAAUAUCUUUUUUAAAGAACACCUGAAAAUAAUUGUUUUUUUAUAUUCACAUUGGCCAAAGAUUUUCUCCUUACAUACCUAUCUGACUUAGAUAGUAAAUUAUACUGUAGUGAGUUGGUAAGAAUAAAAGUCAGUAAUCAGGAGCUUGGAAAUGAGAAAAAGUUACCAUUAGAAAAAAAAAUUUUUUUGAGAAUGCAGUGAGGAAAAAAUAUCUUUCCAAUUCAUGCAUUUGUGUGGCUAAUGACCUUCAUGUUUAUUUUUCAAGAAAAUCUAGCUAAAAUCACUAGUAGGUUAACUUGUGCAUGUGAAACAUUUUUUAAUAACUACAAAUACAGUUCUGUCUGUAUUUCCAAAUGACUUUGAUUCUGUGUAGUCUGUGUUUUAUGUUAUAGGAAUUGCUCACAUAAACCUAUCUGUCAAGGACUUCCAGUCACACCAGUUCUAAAGAGUCAUAAGUGGACAUUGGUGCUAGGUGGUAUAUUUUAUGUGUUAAAAUAAAAAUUGUUUUUGAGAAUCUGAUUUUGUGAAUGUUGCGGAAAUAGCUUUGAAGAAAAUGAAUUUCUAACGGUAACUGCUUUUCAGAAAGAGCAAAGGCACCCCGUUUAGAGAAAUUAAUAAAGUUCAUGAAAUAGUUCUUUCCUUCAGCCUUAUCCUGUGUUUAUGCUACCUUGAAUUUCUUUAAGCAGUUUACCAAUCAGUUAGUGUAAUCUAAAUUAAUUGGUACUUUGUUAUGGACAGCUUUGGCUAUUAGUGAUGACCAAGACAAUGACCACUUUCUAGGUUGUUCCAUAGUAUUUCGGAGCUUGUAGAAGUAACAUUAAUCAGCUAUAGUAGUCCAUCUAGAUUCUUCAGAUCCUUUCACUUUUCCUUCUCCCUUCACUGUAUUUCUAACGUGUAGUACACCUUACACUCCAGAACUUCCUGGAGGAAUCUGGCUAAGGUCACCUUAUGUGCAACAUUGCCAAACUCACAUCCAUGUUUGUGUUUCCUCUCAUUCCUUACCCUAUUCUCACUCCAUUAGUGGACUUAAUAGCUCCUUAUUUAGUCACCUGCAUACUUUCAUUGCUGUUUCUGGGAAAUUGAACUAAGUUACUGGCUGUGGAAUUGAGAAAUUUGUAAGUCAAGUGGGUUUUUUUCUUUUUCUGGGACAAGGCAAAAACAAAGAUACCAAGUUUCCAUGUUCUAAGAUGAGAAAACACUGUGGUUAGGACCAGUGAGCACUGCAGGGCUUCCUGAGGGGGUACCAAUUUAUAGAGCAUGCCCUGUCACCUACUACCAUUCAGUGGGCAGCGGGAGAAGCCUGGGAAAGUUCUCCAUUUGGGGAGGUGCAGAGUUGGUAGGUGGCAUUUUGUCAUUUGUCCUGUCCCAUGAGAGCGUGAAGAAGGUAUAUAUGCACUCAGAUACCUUGGGAGGGAGGCCUGAGGGAAUAAUUCAAGGUUCAGGAUGCUUCCAAAGUGGGGGACCAGCAUUUUUUCCACCUGGUUGGAUUUAUAUUUACCUAGCAGUUAGCACAGCACAUGUAGUGUUUUAUUCCAGAGUAUGGCAAUGGAAUUAGACAAGUAAUGUGGGACCGGUCAUGCAGAAACAUACUGAAGAUGGAUCCUGCUAACCUUGGAACUACAUAGUUUUUGUAGUAACAUGGAAAGCUUAAAAGGUAGGUGCAUCCAAUAAGUAAGGUGGGUUAUUAGUUAGGGAUUAGCCAGAAUAUAACCAGCUUGCUAAUCUGAGGGCAUGACCAGUGCCAGGGGAAACUGGAUGGAUGGGGGUUGGUGCAUUGCACAAUGAAACUCAUAGGCCAAUUACCAGAAUGCAGUUAUACCAAUUAAGAAGUCUGGAUAGGAGGGCAGUGUUUCUCAAACUAGGCUGUAUAUAGGAUUACCUGAAAAAUUCAAGCAAAAAGCCGUGUUUAGGCCCCAUUCCAGUAAUUAAGCAAAGGCAUGGUAAUUUUGUUAAAGAGCCUCAGAUGAUUUUAAUGUUUACCCUAAAUUGACAAGCAUUACAAUAAGGAAAUCUCAUAGCAUUUAAUUCUCAAAAAAAGGAAGAAAGCAGGGAAAAGGGAGCAGAAAUAAAAGCAAACCACCCUGUGAUUAAAGUGGGCUACACUGCACAAGGAAGAAAGAAACUUUGAAUCCAGUGUGGAAUCGUCUAUGAAUGUUUAAAAAUAAAAAGAUUCAGCCUUUGCAACUAUGAAAAUACAGAGUCUGGCCAAGAAGGUAAAUGUGAUGCUACUGAAGAGGAAUUCGACAGCUGGAAAAAUUGUAUUCUCCAAGUGUAUUGUGUAGCCUCCUCUACGUAACUUUAAAGGUCUUUGAAGUUGUUUAGUUUUAAGUCUGAAACUUAACCUGUUAGUUAGCGCUGAGAUUUAUUAACCCCUAGGCCACUAGGGAAGCCCAAGUUAGGUUAUUUUUAAUUAAGUAUUAAUGAUCCAGAAUUAGUGGAAUUUUUUUACACAGCAUAGCUUUUUAAUUAUUCAUAGUCUUUUUCCUUGAAAUUUUUCCUGUUGAAUGUGCCAAGUAAUAUUAACCAGUCUAUAAGUAAUCAUUUAGAGAGUAGUGUGGAUCAAAGAAAUAUGAUGUUGUUCUAAAGGUUCCCUGUAGAUGGCAUUGCUUGACUUCAAUUUUAAAGUUUGUAGAAAGGAAAUUGUUGGAAUACUGUAUUUGAAAUAGAAAAUAAUAAACCUACCUUUCAGGUGUUUUCAGACUAUUACAUGGUUGUCUUCUUUCAUGCUGCUAUAACAAAAUGACAUAGAAUGGGAGGCUUAUAAUCUACAAAUUUAUUUCUGGAUGCUGGAAGUCCUACUUCCUCAUAGGCAGCUACCAAGCUCACGGUGGUAGAUAGGGCAAAGAUCUCCCUGGGGUCCCUCCUGUAGGGGCACUGAUCCCAUUUGAGAGUACUUACCUCCCAGAUGCUCCACCUGCAAAUGCCAUGAUAUGUGAUUUUGGGGAAUGACACAAACUUUCAGAACAUAACAGUGUAAGU